AUGAAGUUGCCAACCAUCUACAAUGUCUACCUCGUAGCCAUCAUCGCGACCCUUGGUGGCGCUUUGUUUGGUUUCGAUAUUUCCUCCAUCUCGGCCAUCGUGGUCACUCCCCAGUACAUCGAAUACUUUAACAACCCGUCCGGCGUGAUCCAGGGCGCCAUCGGCUCGGCUCUGGCCGCCGGUUCCGUUAUUGGAUCUGCGGUCGCCGGCCCCCUCUCCGACAGGUUCGGCCGCCGCGAUUCCAUUCUAUUCUCUUGCGUUUUCUGGCUCGUCGGCACCGCCGUCCAAGUCGCCUGCCAGAACACCGGCCAGCUGAUCGCCGGCCGCGUGCUGAACGGCUUCACCGUCGGCAUCACCUCCGCCCAGGUGCCCGUCUACCUGGCCGAGAUCGCCAAGGCCGAGAAGCGCGGCUCGCUCGUCAUCAUCCAGCAGCUCGCCGUCGAGUUCGGUAUUCUCAUCAUGUACUUCAUCGGCUACGGCUGCAGCUUCAUCGAAGGCACCGGCUCGUUCCGUACGGCCUGGGGCACCCAAUUCAUCCCUUGCGUCUUCCUCAUCCUCGGCCUCCCCUUCCUGCCCCGCUCUCCUCGUUGGCUUGCCAAGGUCGGACGCGACCAGGAGGCGCUCGAGACCCUUGCCAACAUCCACGCUGGGGGCGACACCACUGACCCGCUAGUUAUUGCCGAGUGGGAGGAGAUCCGCACCGUCUUGCAGGCUGAGGUUGAGGCCGGUCAGGGGCUGGGCAAGUUCUACCGCAACGGCAUGUGGAAGCGCACUCUGGCUGGCAUGUCUGUCCAGGCCUGGCAGCAACUGGCUGGCGCCAACGUCAUUGUCUAUUACCUCACCUACAUCGCCCAGAUGGCUGGCCUGACUGGCAAUGUUGCCAUGGUCACUUCCGGUAUUCAAUACGCCGUCUUCAUUAUCUUCACCGCCGUCAUGUGGCUCUUCAUUGACAAGACCGGCCGCCGCACCCUCCUCGUCUGGGGCGCCAUUGGCAUGGGCUUCUGCCAUCUCGUCGUCGGUGGGACCAUGGGCGCCCACAGCACCUACCACCCGGAGGGCGUCGGUGACCCGCCCAACGCCAACAUCGUCAUCUCGGUCGACCACGGCGCCCCCGCCAACACCGUCAUCACCUUCUCCUACCUCCUCAUCGUCGUCUACUCCCUCACCUUGGCCCCCGUGUGCUGGAUCUAUGCCGCCGAGGUCUGGUCUCUCGGCACCCGCGCCACGGGUAUGUCCUUGGCCGCCCUCAGCAACUGGGUCUUCAACUUCGCCCUGGGCAUGUUUGUCCCGCCCGCCUUCAUCAACAUCACCUGGAAGGUCUUCAUCGUUUUCGGCGUGCUGUGCGUCGUGGCCGCUGUUUGGUUCUGGCUCCUGUACCCGGAGACCUGCGGCAAGACCCUCGAGGAGAUCGAGCUCAUGUUCGCCCCGGGCGCCGUGGCUCCCUGGAAGACCAAGAAGGGCGAGUCCCGUUUGGCUGCCGAGAUUGCCGAGGUCACGGCUCGUCAGCAGAAGGGCGAGCAUGGUGGUACCGCUGCCCCGGAGGCUACCAACGAGGAGAAGGUGUAA